AUGUCAACCGACUAUCAAGCAUGGGUUGUGAUAAAGAAGGGACCAAAACCCAUUCCCAACAGUGAAGCAAAAAAUGAUAAAGAAAAACUAGAUGAGAUAUCAUUUGAUAUGACUAAGGGACAACAAGAAGUCAUUACGACAAAUGCUAGAGCUAUAGCUCUACUAUACUGUGCAGUCAGUGGAGAAGAAUAUAGCAAGAUAUCAAACUGCGAGACUGCAAAGGAAAUGUGGGAUAAAUUGGAAGUAACCUAUGAAGGCACAUCUACAGUUCGAGAAAACAAGAUUGAUGCUCUUCAUCACGAAUAUGAAAACUUUAUGAUGAAGGAGGAUGAAAAUAUUGAAUCAAUGUUCUCAAGAUUCAGCAAAAUUAUUUGUGAGUUAAAAUCUCUUGGGGUUGUGUAUUCAAAUUCUCAACAAGUAAGAAAACUUGUCAGAAGUCUUCCAAAAUCAUGGGAAACCAAAGCUAUUGUUUUGGAAGAUGUAAAACUGGACAAAAUGACUUAUGAUGAACUCAGAGAAAAUCUCAUGACCUUUGAGAAGAAUCACAUCAACAGGCAUCAAAAGGAAGAGAAGAAGGUAGUGGAAAGUGAUGAUGAUGAUUUCAAAGAAGAGGAAGUUGCACUAAUAUCUAGGCCCAUAGCGGAAGCAAUGAGGAGAUCAAGAAAUAAUCGAAGAAUAAGUUCAAAUUCUCUCAAAGGAAAAAGUUCUACUGAUCAACAGAAAAAUGAUGGGAAAUGCUAUGAAUGUGAGAAGUAUGGACAUAUUGCCUCUGAAUGUUCAAAAUCAAGAAGAAAACCUUCCAGGAACUAUAAAAAACAAAGAGCAUUCAACAGCUGGAGUGAAGACAAAAUCUCAGAAAAUGAAGAUGAUGUGGAAAACGUCUACUUCAUGGCAUUUGGAGAAACUAGCGAGGUAAGACCUUAUCCCUGUGCUAAAUGUAAUGAAACACAAGAAGUCUUAGAUCAAACCCAUGAGGACUUGGAUAGAGUUUUUGAUGAAUUUAGAAAACUUCAAAGAGAAAAGAAAGACUGGUAUAUAAAACUGCAAAUAUGUGAUAUUGAAAAACAUCUUAUUCAAGAAGAAAUCUGUGAUUUGCAACUACAGAUCAAUAGUUUGCGCAAAUCUACCAUUCAUAGUUCUGUAAGGUCUAACCAGUCGACUCACAGCUGCAAGUCAACUCGGAAGAAACCUAUGAGUGACAAUUCUGAUAACAGUGGAAAGUUGAAAUAUCUUGAAAAGAAAGAUCAGUAG